AUGUUCAGCUGGCAUCGGAGCUUCACUCCGGGAGCGCCCUGGAGGAGAGGUGAGUCCGCCGCCCCCCCCGGGGCCAGCCGGCGGCUGCCAACACCUCCCCAAACCCGCAUCCCCGCCACCCCUUCCUUCCCCUCGGCGGCCGCGCAGACGGUACUUAGGACAAGCCCAUCCCGGCCCGCCCUGGUCCCGGGCCCCGCCGGACGGGCACCGCGCCGCUGCCGCCGCGGCUCCAUGCUGCGCUCCCUGCUCUGCGGCUGCCUCUGUCCCCUCGCAGGUAAGAAGAGCCCACCUGCAGAGGACAAAGUUGUGUUAACACACAUGAAGAUACUGAGCAAUGAAGGAAUUCAAAACCCAGGGUUAAUCCCAGAGGCUCCAACUGACACAGCCUGCACAGAAGAGUCCAAUCUUCCCGGUGCCAGUCUCCCAGCAGACUGCCUGGGAAGUUCAGAUGCAGCAGCCGCACCAGCAGAUCCAGACUAUGCAGAUGGCCUGGCAAGCACAGACUAUGUAGCCACCCUGCCCGACCUCAGYGCCUUUGAGUCCAAGUGCCGGCUUCACAGAUUCUCCAAAUUUGAAUCUGAGGACUCAGGGGUUGAGUUGCCAAGCGGGGCAAAUUCUCCAUCAACUCCGACAGGCUCAGAGAAGAGCUUUGUGCUUCACAGCAGAGACUCAUUUUGUGACUCAGGUGUGCUUAGCACCUCUUCUUCUCCAGAAAUUGACCAUCAGUUAAUGAGAACAAGUGAAGAASAUGCCAGAAAAGUCAGCCUCCAAGAUCCAGAGAGCAAAAAUCAAGCGGAUUACUACAGCCAGGAGGCAGAUGCUGUGCAGGAUCCUACAGCUUCCCUUGAAGACUUCAGUGCCCCUCAGGAAGAAAGUCCCARUGAACAUUUUGACCAGCAUGACCGGCAAUCUCUGGAAAAGGAACCUACCCCAGAGAUGGACCUUUGCAGGGAAGGCACUCUUUCCACYCCAGGUCCCAUAGAAGAGCCAAAGACAAUUGCUGAUGAUUUCCCAGAGAAUUUUGCCAGCACGCAAGACCUUCAAAUCCAUGAACAUCAGCUGAAGAAGUACCCCACAAGUGACAGUCUGGAUGAGUACAUGGAUGAAUGCUGUAGACUAAGUGAGGUGAACCAAGGUAACAGCAAAGCCCUGGGACCUGGUCUGGGAUACCUAGAACACAUCUGCCAACUGAUUGAGAAGAUUGGGCAGCUGCAGGAGCACAAYGUGCGUCUCCAAAAAAAGGUGUGCAGCUUGCAGAAAGAGCAGAAGAUGAAUCAGAUCAAAGAGGAAUACCUUCUGCAGCAAUGCUCCUGUGGAGCUGCCAGCAUCUUCCUCAACUCAUAUCAAGAUGUGAAAACAAACUUUGCUGGGAGGAGCAGACCUCAUAGUCUCUUGGUUCAGACUGGAAACCCUUCUGAUCUUUCCAUCAUCCCAGAAAUAGGAGCMAACACCGAGAAGCUGAGCAGCUGCAACAGAAGUGAGAGAAACCCAGAAUCAGAAAAGAGCCAGCCGAUGGUGGGGCUCAGGAAGUCAUCAAACAAUAGAAACAACAAGGAGAAUGAGUUCAGAGAAGCUGGGAAUACGGCUGAGGGACAGGCUCCUCCAUCAAAGGACCCUGCAGUAAGAAAGGCUCUGGACAUCAGCAAGAACAUCUCGGGCGAGAGCCAUGCUUGGAGGAGAAUGAGAGAUCUUAUGAGGAAGACACGGUUGACAAACCAGAACAAGCUGGGGCUGUCCUCUGCCGCUCUGAAGAGGUCCUGCCCUCAGUUGUAUAGGCCAGAUAUUAUGUCUUCAGAGCUGAGAAAAACUGAGAGGAACUCCAUGAUUGUUCUGGGACAAAAUGCAAAGAAUGAAAACUUAUGGCCUUUCUGAUAACCUGAGUSAAACAGAGCAAGGUAAAAAAGUGAUGGUGAGAAKAUCAAAGGACACAAAAUGAAGAAUCCCGAGUUACUCUGUGCAAUCUACAACCUACAAUUGUCAACAGAGCAACUCCGAGUUGAGCGUUGGAAGGGAAAGAGGGAAGGGGGAUGUUGAAAAGAGUCUAUGGGCAGACACAUGCUCAGCUAAGUAUAGCUUUGCUCCUGAGCCUGAAGUGUACUUCAAAAAGUCAAGCUGCAAGUAAAAAAUUCUGUUAGCAUCUUGGCAACACAAUCAACAGAAACUUGUAAGAUUUGGAAAUUCUUCCUCCACUAUGGGCGAGGAAUGGAAUUACCUGAAACACUGAAGCUUUUAAACUAUCAUUACUUUCUGGGGACCUUCUCCUGCUGAAAUAAACAUUAGCUUAAUGGGACAAAGCAUAUGGGAAUGCCAGAGACUCCUUGCCCAGGGCAGAGGUGGCUGUUGAAAGGACAGCAUCCUCCCUCUAGAGAACCUGAGUUGCAGUCUCUGUCUCCAGCAGAGCUCCUCCCUUCAGAGCUGCCUAUGGCCAGCUGUGCCAUUUCACUGGAAUCCAAGAGGAGAACAAAGUAUUAAAGCUAAGGUCAUUCCUGAAUCCAUCACUAGCUUCCCAUUUUGGAGGGCCUGCUCCUUCUGCAGAGGCCCCUGGACUCCGGUGCUACCCUGCACUGAAGUUGGCAUUGUACACACUGAUUGUAGAGGCCAGAGCCAGCAGCACUGCAGGAAUCAGCCUUUCAAGAGACUGGAGGGCACAUCCAGGGCACCCUCUGCCCCAUGGAGCAACCCACCUCUAGUGUAAUUUUUUUUUUUUUUUUUUUUUUUUUAGCGGGAACAGGACAUCAGACUUGAAUUUCUGCUUUUAAGAUACAUUUAAGUGCUCUGUCUGUGCAGGUGGAGGCCUGAGGCUGUAGCGGGGGCAGUCAUGCUGCCAUAUGGCUCUGCCUGUGCUCUUUCUAAUGGGAAAAGGUGAGAAGGAGAGCAAGGCUGAAAGGCAAAGUAAUUCAAAURCUUCCUUUAUAAACUGGUGCUCUUUUGGGAUACAUUAACAACUGUAUAACGCUAUGACUGUACUUGGUGGCUGCAUCCACUGAUUCCAGACUCAAGGAACAUGCAGUGCGUUCUUCUGAAGGUCCCAUGGUUUCAGAGGUCUCUGCAUGCUAGCUCUUAUUGGUACUAGCAACUAAUAAUUAAUACAUGUGGAGUAAAGAUUUAAGCAAACUAACAUUGCCUCUUGAUAAAGGAUUAUUCUAACCCAUACAUUGCAAUAUAAUUACAAGUCAAGCAAUUACUGUUUAAAAAUCUCUCCCCAACCUAAACUUGCCUGAGAACCAAGAUUUGAGAAGCUGGCAGGAAUUAUGAACUUCAGCAGACUUAGUCUUUCAGUAACAGAUGCUUCUCCCUUGUUCCUCCACAUCAGCUGAAGUCCUCCAAACCAGAGCAGGAUAUUUCUGGGAUUCAGAGCAGCUCAGCCAUGCCAUUCCAGGGCCACUGUAGUUUGUAGUGAGGAGUGAAAGCAGUAGCCCAGGCCUGGUUCUCCACGUACUCAGAAGAGUUACCAUUGUUGUUACUUAGCAUCUCUAAAAAAACCCCGCAAACAAAUAUAAUGACCAAAUCCCACAACGCAAACCCAAAUCCCCAUUAAAAAGAAAAAAAGGGUGCGCUGACUCAAACUUAGCACCCUAAAGCACAUGCUAUGUUUAAUGCUUAAGUUGUAGUUACAGCUGCAGAGCUUGGUUAUUCACUGUAUAUCUUGCUAGCUUCAUCCAAAGCUAGAAGGAUUUAUAUUGAUUAUUCUGUGAAUAGUCUGUAUAUCUCCAUAAAUACAGGGGACAAAAAUCCUGCAUUAACUUACAUCCUCCAUUAUCCCUCCAGGUUUUUUACAGAGACUGUACAGAAUGUGAAUCAGUGCAAACUGAAUUUAAAGUGUUUUAAGACAUAGCAUCAUGAACUGGUAUUCUCUAUAACCACCUCUAUUCAUUUCAUAAGGAUGUUGGGUGUUUYGCAUUUGRUUUUUUUUGGUUUGUUUUUUUUUUAACUAAGAUAAUCUAGCACUCUUUUUUAUUAUAGCAUUGUAUUAAAUAUAUUCCUGUAUUUUCAGAAAUAAAUGUAUUUAUAAUGUGUAACAUACUGUAUAGUUCUCCACUUCAGGAUCCAUUGUAAUACAAGCCUA